AUGAUCAAUCCUCAUCGCGUUGCAAACCUGUUAAGUAAUUUAAUUGCUGAGCGUUUAUCUUUGGAUGAUCGCAAUAAUACAGAUAGUAAACGUGAUGAAGAAGUUGCUAAACAUUUAUAUGAUCACGUCGAAUCGAUUCUUGAAAGUUCACAAUAUUCUUUCGAAAAUGAACAUACUAUUGAUUUUAACGAUGAUUCUAAUACCGAACAACUACAAGAUAAUGAAGAGGAUGAAAAUGAUGAAGAGGAGGAUGAAAAUGAUGAAGAGGAAGAGGAGGAGGUAGAAGAAGAUGAUGAAGAGGACGAGCAGCAACAAAUGAAUAAUGAUGACGAGCAAUUUGACGAAGAAUUCAUGGAAGUAGAUAAUGAUCAACACCACCAUUUACAAAAGGAGUUUUCUAUUCCAUACGUGAAGCAAGCUAUUGAUUUUUAUGAUCAGAUAAACGAAAAAACAGGGAGGAAAAGCCAUUCUUGGAAAGCAUUUCAACAUCGUUUUCCAAAAGUGAAAAAUCGUAGCUAUAUAGAACGUUUUCGUAAAUAUUUGGACAGUAGUGGGACAAAAAAGCAAAAACUUGAUCAAAUAAAUCAAUAUACAUAUAACAAAUUUAAAAAAGCACGUUCAGGGUUUCAUUUUGUACGUGAUGUUCAUUUAAAAAGAUGGGCUUUACAGAAAGCCAGAGAAAUCAAUGACAGGACAUUUGAAGCAAGUGAUAGUUGGAUUCUUCAUUUCAAGCGUCGGCAUGCAUUAUGCAGCCGAAAAGUAACUAAACUGAUAACACAACGAGAAGUAGUUGAUGCAGAUACUAUCAAUGAUUCGGCAAAUGAUUUCGUAAAUAAAAUUAAAAAACUUCUUCCACAUUAUCGAGGACGAAAUGUUUUAAAUACCGAUCAAACCGGUCUUGAGAUCGAAAUGGUAGGCAAUCGUACUUUGUCAUUCAAAGGUGAAAAGGCCACAUUUGGCAAAUGUUAUUUAUGUUUGAAGGAAAAGAAUGGUCAUAUGUCUGAUAAUAUCAAGAAGGAUUUAUUUCAAGCGUCAAACGUAACUAUUACCUGUAGCAAAUCAGGAAAGUUGACAUCGUCUCUUGUCGAAUAUUGGAUUCACAACGUAUUAAAACCAGCAGUUGAUAAUGAAAAAGUUUUAUUAUUAUUGGAUGCCUGGGGUGGUCAAACUGAUCAAAAAUUAUACUCGACGAUGAAACAUCUUCGACUUGAAAUUAUUCCAAAGAAAACAACUUCGACGAUUCAACCACUAGAUAUUACAUUUAGUCGUCAAUAUAAACAUAUUAUUCGUACGAUUUAUGAUCAUGUGCGUCUUUAUGGUAUAAACUGUAAUCUUUCACAAAGAAACAAUAUAAUUAAAUUAACUUCAUUAUGUUAUAAUCAAAUUUGUUCUAAAACUUUCUUACCGAUGCAUCGAUACAGUUGGUUUCAAGGCGGUUAUGUUGAAAAAGAUCCGGGACCGUAUGAAAAUGUCGAACAAUUGUACUUUCGAUUUCGAGAAUAUGGUUGCCACGAAAAUCAAUGCACUAACAUUCCUUUAAUACAAUGUAGCUAUUGCGAAAAAGUUUUAUGCUUUUAUCAUUUCUUCGAAUUGUACCAUAUUCAUUGA